CUAAUUUUCCAAAAAGCCCCUUUACCAACCUAAACUCAACAUGCCUCCUAGAAGACAAAAUACUCCUCGUUAACGAGCUGUUCAAGAUGUAGAGAUGGAAGAAUUAUGUCAACAAAUUCAAAGGCUUCAAGAGAGACUCAAAGCUUUUGAGGGUCAACAAGUUCAACAAGCUCAACCCCCUCAAGAUGAAUCACAUGAGUUAGAGGAAGAUUCUGAUGAUGAGAACCCCUUCCAUCACCGAAGGGAUAAUGAAAGCUCAUCAUCAAUAGAAAAAGUUCAUUGUCGACGUCCCCAACAAAAUGCUACUUCUAAAUCCACUGACCUUGGCAUUAAUAUCGAUAUUCCAAAAUUUGAAGGUCACCUUCAACUUGAUGAAUUUAUCGAUUGGUUGCACACUGUGGCACGUGUAUUUGAACUCAAGGAUAUUCCUGACUAUAAGUGUGUGAAGCUUGUCGCUAUCAAAUUGAAGAAACAUGCAUCCAUUUGGAAAGUUGUCACCAUUAUUGGAGGAGAGGUUCACGAAGUCUCAGAAGAUGAAGUAGAAAAGGAGCAUAAGGAUGAGAUUGAGCCACCACAACUUGACGAAGAACUCAUCCCAACUGACCAUGGAGAAUCUUUGGUUGUGCGUCGUAGUCUUCAUGCUACCAUAACCAAGGAUGAAGAUUGGCUCCGACAUAACAUCUUUCACACCAGAUGUACUUCUCAAGGGAAAGUUUGCAAUGUCAUCAUCGACAGUGGAAGUUAGGAAAUCCGAUUUGUUCUUAAAGAAUUUUCUGAUGUUGUUCCUGAUGAGAUCUUUCUUGGAUUACCACCGAUGAGAGACAUUCAACAUGCCAUUGAUUUCAUCCCAAGAUUUGUCAUCCCAAACAAGCUUGCUUAUUGGAUGAACCCUUGGGAGCAUGUCGAACUUCAACGACAAGUUAAAGACCUAUUAGAGAAAGGACUUGUCAAGGAAAGUAUUAGACCAUGUGCAGUACCUGUGCUACUAGUCCCAAAGAAAGAUGGAACUUAGAGAAUGUGUGUUGAUAGUCGAGUAGUCAAUAAAAUCACUAUCAAAUA